AUGAUUGGCGACUCGCCACGCUUCCUCAACCAGAUCGCAUGGAACUUGUUCCUCACUGGCGCAGCUGAUGUCAACAGCACCCCAGCUGAUGCCAGGAGCCCAGCUGACGUCAGCAGCACGGGAGAGUCAUCAUCUGAGGCUACUAGUGCACCAGGAGUGACUGGUGUUCCGGAAUUGACGGCUGUGAUUGACGAGGUGACGGGCUGCAGUGCAAUCUUCAUCCCUCUGAACAACGGCGAUAGAUUCUGGCAGGUGCGAUACGUUGACUAUGAUAUGGACCCCACACUCCAACACACCCCCUUUGCAGGCUUCGGCAGCAAGCAGGACGUUAAAGCCCGCCUCCUCCCUCUCAUCCAAGCUAACCUCCCUCACCACCCCCUCUGGAAACGAGCCUUCCAAGAAGCUUCCUCCACCGCGGAACAUCUCAUCUUUGAGCAUCGCCAGCUGGAUCGCCCGCUGCCCGCCGACUCCUGGAGCAACCCUGUGUGCGGUAACAGGGUUGUUCUUAUAGGGGAUGUGGCUCAUGCCAUGGAUACUGGGCCGGGGCAGGGGGCACUGACAGGGUUUGAAGAUGCUCACCAGCUGUCCCUGUGCUUGGGCGAGGCUCGGGAUACGGACUUGUUUGCUGAGCCUGCUGCUGUGGCUGCGGCGGUUUGGGAGGUUGAGGCUCGACGGACUGGGCGGUGCGUGAAGGUGCAUCGGCAUGCGACAGGGCUGAUUGGGUAUGGAGAGGAGGGGAUGGAGUUCACGAGCGGAGUGUGGAGGAUCAGACGAAAGCUACAGUUGAGUUCAUGA